UGAUUUAUAAUGCUAUUGGUGGACAAAAGCUUAUAAUUUGUUGUAAGAAAUCUGGCAAUCAAAUGGUUAAAUGCUAUAAGCUAUUCGGUUUCAUAGCGACAUUCAAGAGAGAUGUUGCGUCUGACACCAGUAGCUAUCACGAUCGACUGCAACACACAAAGACACAACUAUAGUUACCUAUUAAGUUGGGCUGUCAUGUCCCACGUAUUGUUAGGCAUUACGUGUAUUCACGGCGUCUUUCUCAUUUUAGACACAGACCUUUUGAAAGAGGACUUAUUUUCGGAGGGUCGCCCGCACGACCAAGCUGCACUGUCUUCAAAUUAUUUUAGUAAUAUUUACAUGUCAGUUUAUAUAUCCAUUUUGUUAUGCUCGUACAUUUCUUCUCCUAUCUUCGUGCACGUCGAGUGGCUAGCCAUUUAGAGAAAGCUGCAAGCGAGUAAUUAUCCAAAGCCUGGGUUUUGUUCUCUCUCCUUUAUCCUUGUGUAACCUCACAUUCGACAGAGUUUUAAGGGGAAACCGGGAAAGAGAAAGACCGAACGGCACUUACCGCUGUUGCCACUUGCAGCACCAGCGUACUAGUAUAAAUUGUGUUAACCAAGGGAACAUGACUAGCUAGCUAGUAACUAGUUCUGUAGAAAAUUAUGGGAUGGAUUGCCAUGGCAACAGACCAGACGUCACUUUCUGGGCAUGUGUGUUCCAUUUUUGUCUCUUUUUUAUUUUCAGACUGGAGGAUUUGGAUAGAGCAGAGCAAGGGGAGAAAGAAGCUUUUUUGCUUAUUGAAUAAAGAGAGCAGCCAUCUUUCUUGAAAAAGGAAAAUAUAACUCACUGCUCGCGAAAAUAUAAAGCUAAUUCUAUGCAGACGUUUAAUGAGACGGUGGCAUUCUGAGGGUUAAGUUUCUAUACUAUUCUAGCCACAGAGGGAGUGCGAAUUCGCGAAGGACAACGUAUGCGGUAAAGAUGCCAGGGUCGCUAAGCAAUGAGGACGAGGGACAAGACGACAUGGAUUUUGAAGACGAAAUACCAGAUGAGGAAGAGGAGGAUGAAGCUGAAACGACGCCCCUCACGCCCCUGGACAGGUUUUUCUCCGAGGAUAAUUCCCUUAAACAGCAGAAGCGGAAGAAGAUAUGCAAACUGAAGGAGGGCAAGCUGCCGAAGGUGAAGAAGAGGAAGAAGCAGGUGAGGCGCCUGCCUGAACCUGACUCGUUCGUACCUCCGCAGGUAGGGGGCAGUGAUCCGGACGAUGCCUCAGAGCGGGAGGAUGAGCAGCGCGAUAAGUCAGAGAGCGAGAGCAGCACCUACUCCUCCAUGAAGAAGAAGAAGAAGAAACCCAAGGAGAAGAAAGAGAAGAAGACCAAGCGGAGGAAGAAGGAGGAGGAGGAGGACGACGAUGAUGACGGCACCAUGAAGGAACCCAAGUCCUCUGGGCAGCUGAUGCAGGAGUGGGGCCUGGAGGAUGUGGACUACGCCUUCUCCGAAGAGGAUUAUCACACCCUGACCAAUUACAAGGCCUUCAGCCAGUUCCUCAGGCCCCUCAUUGCCAAGAAGAACCCCAAAAUCCCAAUGUCAAAGAUGAUGACAGUCCUGGGUGCCAAGUGGCGUGAAUUCAGUGCCAAUAACCCUUUCAAGGGUACCUCUGCCACUGCCGUCGCCGCAGCUGUGGCCGCUGCCGUGGAAACCGUCACCGUGUCCUCGCCAGUCUCUGUCAGCAGCGUGCAGCAGACCCUUGGGCCAGUCAGGAAAGCCAAAACCAAAGAGGGGAAGGGGCCAGGAGCACGGAGGAAAACCAAGAGUGUGAAAGAGACUAAGAAGAAAGGAAAAGGAAAGAAGACCAAACCUAAGAUGUCGCAAAGUGGGAAGAGGAAAAAAGCAUCCUCGAGCGAGGAAGACAACCUGGAGGAGUCGGACUGGGACGACAUCAGCAUCCACAGCGCCUCCGUGCGCUCCGACGCCUCGGGGCCCCCCAAGAAGACGCCGCGCCGGGGCCGCAAGAAGAAGAAGAGAGAGGACGGGGACGGCUACGAGACGGACCACCAGGACUACUGCGAGGUGUGCCAGCAGGGCGGCGAGAUCAUCCUGUGCGACACCUGCCCCCGAGCCUAUCACCUGGUGUGCCUGGAGCCGGAGCUGGAGAAGGCCCCCGAGGGCAAGUGGAGCUGCCCCCACUGUGAGAAGGAGGGGAUCCAGUGGGAACCCAAAGACGAUGAAGAAGAGGAGGAGGUUGUCGGCCAGGAGGAAGACGACCACAUGGAGUUCUGCAGGGUGUGUAAAGACGGAGGAGAGCUGCUGUGCUGUGACACCUGCCCCUCCUCCUAUCACAUCCACUGUCUGAACCCGCCCCUGCCCGAGAUACCCAAUGGAGAGUGGCUCUGUCCACGCUGCACGUGCCCCCCUCUGAAAGGGAAGGUGCAGCGGAUUCUUCACUGGACGUGGGGUGACCCGCCCCUGCCCCCCGAGGUGCCCCCCAGCGUGGGCGGGGAUCCUGCUGUGCAACUGCUGAAGCCCCCCCUGAAGGGCCACCCGGAGAGGGAGCUCUUCGUGAAGUGGGCGGGGCUGUCCUACUGGCACUGCUCCUGGGUCACCGAGCUGCAGCUGGAGCUGUACCACUCGGUCAUGUACCGCAACUACCAGCGCAAGAACGACAUGGACGAGCCGCCGCCCUACGACUACGGCUCCGGGGACGAAGAGCUGAAGAGCGAGAAGAGGAAGGGCAAGGACCCCGAGUACGCCGCCAUGGAGGAGCGCUUCUACCGCUACGGCAUCAAGCCCGAGUGGAUGGUGAUCCACAGGAUCGUCAACCACAGUUUUGAUAAGAAAGGAGACGUGCAUUACCUGAUCAAGUGGAGGGACCUGUCUUAUGACCAGUGUACCUGGGAGGUGGAUGACUUUGACGUCCCUGAGUAUGACAACUUCAAACAGGCCUACUGGGACCACCGGGAGCAGAUUCUGGGGGAGGACAACCGCCCCCUGGUGGUGAGGAAGGGAAAGAGAUCCAAGGAGGGAGAGAAGAAAGAGAAGCCUCCUGACUCCCCCAUCGUGGAUCCCACAAUCAAAUUUGACAAGCAGCCUUGGUACAUCGACGCCACCGGGGGAACCCUCCACCCCUACCAGCUGGAGGGCCUGAACUGGCUGCGCUUCUCCUGGGCACAGGGCACCGACACCAUCCUGGCAGACGAGAUGGGCCUGGGCAAGACCGUCCAGACCAUCGUCUUCCUCUACUCCCUGUACAAGGAGGGCCACUCGAAGGGGCCGUUUUUGGUCAGCGCCCCCCUGUCCACCAUCAUCAACUGGGAGAGGGAGUUUGAGAUGUGGGCCCCCGAGUUCUACGUGGUGACCUACACGGGGGACAAGGACAGCCGCGCCGUGAUCCGAGAGAACGAGCUGACCUUCGAGGACGCCCCUGCCAAGACGGGCCGCAAGGUGUUCCGUAUGAAGAAGGACACGCCUAUCAAGUUCCAUGUGCUGUUGACAUCAUAUGAGCUCAUCACCAUCGACCAGGCCAUUCUGGGCUCCAUUGACUGGGCGUGUCUGGUGGUGGACGAAGCCCAUAGGCUAAAGAACAACCAAUCAAAGUUUUUCAGAAUUCUCAAUGGCUAUAAGAUCUACUACAAGCUGCUGCUGACUGGAACCCCUCUACAGAACAACCUGGAGGAGCUCUUUCACCUGCUCAACUUCCUUACACCUGAACGCUUCAAUAACCUGGACGGCUUCCUGGAGGAGUUUGCCGACAUCUCCAAGGAGGACCAGAUCAAGAAGCUGCACGACCUGCUGGGGCCGCACAUGCUCCGGAGGCUGAAGGCCGACGUCUUCAAGAACAUGCCGGCGAAGACGGAGCUGAUCGUGCGCGUGGAGCUCAGUCCCAUGCAGAAGAAGUACUACAAGUUCAUCCUGACGCGGAACUUUGAGGCGCUGAAUUCGAAGGGCGGGGGGAACCAGGUGUCCCUGCUCAACAUCAUGAUGGACCUGAAGAAGUGCUGCAACCACCCCUACCUGUUCCCUGUGGCAGCUGUGGAAGCCCCUGUGUUGCCCAAUGGCUCAUAUGAUGGGAACCUGUUGGUGAAAUCCUCAGGCAAACUGACCCUUCUGCAGAAAAUGCUCAAGAAACUGAAGGAUGGUGGACACAGAGUUCUUAUCUUCUCUCAGAUGACCAAGAUGCUCGAUCUGUUGGAGGACUUCUUGGAGUACGAGGGCUAUAAAUACGAGCGUAUUGACGGGGGCAUAACUGGGGGCCUGCGGCAGGAAGCCAUCGACCGCUUUAACGCUCCGGGAGCUCAGCAGUUUUGCUUCCUGCUCUCCACUCGUGCUGGGGGAUUGGGAAUCAACCUGGCCACUGCUGACACUGUCAUCAUCUACGACUCUGACUGGAACCCACACAACGACAUCCAGGCGUUUAGCCGGGCACACCGGAUUGGUCAGAAUAAGAAGGUGAUGAUCUACCGCUUCGUUACCCGGGCGUCAGUGGAGGAGCGGAUCACGCAGGUUGCUAAGCGCAAGAUGAUGCUGACCCACCUGGUGGUGCGGCCCGGCCUGGGCUCCAAGACGGGCUCCAUGUCCAAGCAGGAGCUGGACGACAUCCUCAAGUUCGGCACCGAGGAGCUCUUCAAGGAUGACGUGGAGGCAGCUCGGGCUAACGGUGACACGAAGGACGGCGAGGACGUCAGCGUGAUCCACUACGAUGACAACGCCAUCUCCAAGCUGCUGGACCGCAGCCAGGACGCCACGGAGGACACGGAGAUCCAGAACAUGAACGAGUACCUGAGCUCCUUCAAGGUGGCGCAGUACGUGGUGCGGGAGGAAGACGGAGAGGAGGAGGUGCAGAGGGAGAUCAUUAAGCAGGAGGAGAACGUGGACCCGGACUACUGGAACUGGCACCACACGAGCACAGAACUGCAGAACCUGGGCAAGGGCAAGCGCAUCCGCAAGCAGGUCAACUACAACGACACCACGCAAGAGGACCAAGAAUGGCAGGACGACCUUUCAGACAAUCAGUCCGAGUACUCCGUGGGGUCCGAAGACGAGGACGAAGACUUCGAGGAGAGGCCGGAAGGGGGGCGCCGGCAGUCCCGGAGGCAGCUGCGCAGCGACCGCGACAAGCCCCUCCCACCCCUGCUGGCUCGCGUCGGGGGCAACAUCGAGGUGCUGGGGUUCAACGCCCGUCAGCGGAAGGCCUUCCUCAAUGCCAUCAUGCGCUGGGGCAUGCCCCCCCAGGAUGCUUUCAACUCCCAUUGGCUAGUGAGGGACCUGCGGGGCAAGAGCGAGAAGGAGUUCAGGGCCUACGUCUCCCUCUUCAUGCGGCACCUGUGCGAGCCCGGAGCUGACGGUGCGGAGACUUUCGCAGACGGAGUCCCGAGGGAGGGGCUGUCCCGACAGCACGUCCUCACCCGGAUCGGUGUCAUGUCGCUCGUUCGUAAGAAGGUACAGGAGUUUGAGCUGGUUAAUGGGAAGUACAGCAACCCUGGUGUAGUCCCAGAGGGACUGGAGUUGAAGAAGCUUACUGAGAGUUUGUCCUCUGACCCCAAUACCCCUGUCCCAGCCAGUCCUGCUGUCACCCAGCCAGGGACCCCAGUGCCCCCAGACAAGUUGGACGCCGUCUCUGGGCCCUCAGAAGACAAAGACCCAGCAGAGCAGGACAGCAAGAAGCCCUCUGAGCCUGAGGUUCCCACCAGUCUGGAGUCCUCCCCAGUGGCUGAGAAGGUCCCUGACAGUGUGGAGUCUAAGGAGGGUGUCCCCGAGGAGAGGCAGGCAGAGGAGAGUGACAAAGCUGAAACGUCCAGCGAGCAGACGCCCCCCAAAGGGGAGCCCAGUGCAGAGACGGAUAGAGUCGCAGAGAAGGAGGAGAGAACUCCCACUCCCGUGAAAACGGAUGAGAAGGAGCCCAUACCAGUACCUCCUGAGGACACUAAGAGCGAGGAUGUACCUGACAGCCAGCUGAACGGAGAUAAAGAAGCGCGUGAUGACAUGGAGGAGGGCAGGAAGGAGGACAAGAACAGCAAGAUGAAGUUCAUGUUCAACAUCGCAGACGGUGGCUUCACAGAGCUGCACACGCUGUGGCAGAACGAGGAGCGAGCGGCAGUGUCGUCGGGGAAGAUGCACGACAUCUGGCACCGUCGUCAUGACUACUGGCUCCUGGCCGGCAUCGUCACGCACGGUUACGCACGCUGGCAGGACAUCCAGAACGACCCCCGCUUCACCAUCCUGAACGAGCCCUUCAAAAGCGAGGUGCACAAAGGAAACUACCUGGAGAUGAAGAACAAGUUCCUGGCUCGGCGCUUCAAGCUGUUGGAGCAGGCGCUGGUGAUAGAGGAGCAGUUGAGACGGGCAGCCUAUCUGAACAUGAGCCAGGACCCCAGCCACCCCGCCAUGGCGCUCAACGCCCGCUUCGCGGAGGUGGAGUGCCUGGCCGAGUCGCACCAGCACCUCUCCAAAGAGUCCCUGGCCGGGAACAAGCCCGCCAACGCAGUGCUGCACAAAGUGCUGAACCAGCUGGAGGAGCUGCUCAGCGACAUGAAGGCGGACGUGACGCGGCUGCCCUCCAUGCUGUCGCGGAUCCCGCCCGUGGCGGCGCGCCUGCAGAUGUCCGAGCGGAGCAUCCUCAGCCGGCUCACCAACCGCGGCAACGAGCCGCCGCCCCAGCAGCCCUUCCCACCGGGCUCCUUCGGCUGCUCUCAGAUGUACAGCAGCAGUUUUGGGGGCGGGUUCCGUGGGCCGGGAGGCGGGAGCAUCGUCAACUACAGCCAGAUGCCCCUGGGGCCCUACAUCAGUGUUUCCACAAACGGCCCCCCUCCCCCGUCCAGCCUCCUGGACAUGAAGUCCAGCGACCCCCUGAAGGACAUCAGCGCCUCGGACCUAAAGACCGGAAAGGCCUCCGAUGUCAUAUGCAUCGAGGAUUAGGUCCUGCCCACCAACACCAAUGAACAUUGAAUUCACUGGAAUUUAUGAAUAUUAUGAAUAUGUAUGUAUAUAUAUCUUAUCGACUGUAAUUUCGCCCCCACCUCUCUCAAGGAAUGAAGGGGGAUUCUGUACAUAUGCUUCAUACAGUACAGUGUCUGUGGGUCUUUGCUUUGAACUGGCUGCAGUAAGGGGGUGGGUUGGGGGGGGGGGGAUCACAGGCUGGACAGGCCUUGGAGUGGAGAGAGGGAGAGAAGAGGGUGGCGACACUGUCCGAUUCUCUGCUCUGUCUCGCCGCGCGGCGAGGUAUGGAGUACCUGUUUUUUCACAAGCAGCCAUUAGGACCGGCGUCUUUUCUUUUCGCUGUCGUCGGCCGCGACCUCAGCGCCCCGUUCGGGACCAGCCGAGAGGGUCCCGUGCAUCGGCAGGAACGCGCCGCGCUCAUCCAGGCUCUCUCCGCCUCUCCACCGGCCAGCGGGUCACGGAUCUCCAUGCCGCUGAGGCUGCUGGGAAGGGACCGGUGCUGACACCACCCCCAUAAUCAGUGGAGCUGUGGAUCGGUCCGCUGUCCUCUCCAAUUCAACAGCGCUGACACUUAAAGCUGAGCAUCAUGGGAACCUGAGUCUGCUGGCUGAGAGUGAAGUGAGUAUAUACCGUAUAUAUAUUUUUUACAUUGCAAUUUUGUGUCCAACCGGCAUACUGGAAUGAAGGCAUUGUGGGAUGCCCUCUAGUGGGCGCAUGAGGAAGCACACUGUUCCAUCAUGCUGGAGUCCCAGGUGACAUUGUUACAUUCCUUCUUUUGUGUCAGCUUCUCCGUGUACGCACAGUCCCAAUGCUGUAUGUAGGUACUGCGCUGAUAGGAGCUCUUAAAUGUGCAUAUUGCUGAGACUGCACUUUAUUUAGCAUUGUUUACUGAAUUAGACUAAAUGAAUGACUAAAUGUACAAAUUAAAUGACAAUUGGGGGGAAGGGUUUGGAGAAGUAGCGAGGGACCAUGUGAAAAGGAAUGUACCUUUUUUUUUGAAGCCCGGUGUGGUGUUUUGGUCGAGAGCGUUUGCAGUUGAUAUCUGCUCAUUUGUGACACGUCUCCCAUUUCGUUCAUUAAUCUUUCCCCCAAACUGAAGUGCAGAGCUGUGUCUGCAGGAAGGGCGUCCUUCUUUAAGUAUGAAUUCAAAAUGAUUGAGGAGACGGAAAUCUUCUGAAAAACCUGUUAGUCAUAUAGUGAUAAAGCGCUGGAUUCUGCUGUGAGGAAAGCUGAGAAUAUCAGUGGCAAAAUGCCUCCUGGCUCCAACGAAGUAUUAAAUUACCACUCCUUUACUGACAAAAUACAAUGCACUGCCACACCUCUAAUGAGUAAAUAUGAUACACUACUACACUUUUACUGCCUAAUAUAACACUACUACACCUUUCCUGGCAAAAUGUAAUAGGCUACCACACCUUUACCGACAAAAUAUAAUAGUGAAAUUUAUAAAUUGCAAAACCUUAAGUUCUGAUGUUGACAUGGCAAAGAUUCUCAUCUUUUCCACCCACUGCCUGUCCAUUUGAAGAGAAUGUUUGUCCCCGAAAUGAUCAGGUAGAUGAGAGUCGGUGGCCAAAUGUGUCCUUAAAUAGAAAUCAUUUGACGUGCUAUUUAGAGGUAGAGGCAGAGGACAAAAGCCCUUUUCGUUGGCACGGAAAGCGGAACCAAGCGGAACCUUUUCUGUUUAUGAUUUUAGAAUGUUGAUAAACAAUGUGAAAGCACAGUGUGUGCAGAAUGAAUGCUGGUGACUGUAAAAACACUAGACCAUAGCGUUUUCUCCAAGUCGACGGUUUAGGAGAAUGCUUUAAGAAUAAUAUCAAGUUCCGGUUCACAAACGAUCUCCGAAGCAGAGUCCAGCGCUGACUGUAAGAUGCAGUGUUCGCUCCGUACACAGUUCUCUCGCUCCCCAGGAUAACCCGUCUUCGCAAAUGAGAAUGUGCUCCAGGGCCAGUUCACUUCAGUAUUCUCACGCUAAUUGUGGAACACUGCCUUGUUAUUGUUUUCAUGUUUGUGUAUAAAGUUGUGAAUUAAGGCAAGCUAUAUUGUGCUAUUUGAUGGGGGGAAAAAUUAAUAUGUGAGUCUUGCGUUUCUCAGCCCAAAUCUUUAUGGGUUGCACGAAUGGCUGCAUUAUUCAGCUGGGUUGUUAUGGUGGUGAGCUAGGCUAGCUCCCACCUGCUAAUGGAGCAUUAGAGGUUUUAAAAACAACAGGAGGCGCAGAGUUUUAGACCUCAAAGUCCCCCAGUCGUGCUGCCUUGCGCUGUGGUCAUGACAACGUUAUCUGUCAGACCACUGCAGUGGGAAAGUGCGCUUCAAUCUCAUUGGUUGAAAGCCAAUGUGAGCAUUCUGUGAUGCAAAAUCUUUUUAAUGUCUGAUUUUCUGUGACCUCAAGGGGCAGGCGUCACGCAUUUUGCCCGAGCGACAGUAUGACCUGCCGUUUCUGAAGUGCUCUUGCCUUCUGUCAUUGAAAUGUGAAAAGCUCUCACAUUGUGGUUAAACUGAAUUUACCCAUUUCUGUACUGAAAUGGUCUGGGAUUGUUGUUUACUUUCUUGAAUGUAUGUGUUCAGUUGUAUCAUUUCAGGCAUCUCAUGCGCAAUUUGGUUUUGUUUCCCAAAGAUUUGAAUACUGCAAGGUAAAGGUUUUGUUUUUGCUUGCUGGUGCAGUGUUUCUGUAAAAAAUUAUUGUGGAACUGUGAGAAUGAAUGAAAAUAUCCUGUUGGCGCAUAUCCUGUUCUUGGACACAGAGUGUUGAACUGAAAAGACAAUGGAAUACACACAUGCUGACCAAUCGGCAGGAAGCAUUGCUUGUCCAAAAGACAUUUUUCAUUUUUUGCUAGUCGACGCCUUUAAGUCAAGUCAUAAUCACACAAAGGCACUUGCACUCGUAACAUCAUGGGAGAAACACAGUAGAGGACCACUGGAAGUGCCAGACAAACUUUACAAUUAUGUCUUAGUGUCCUCCUUACACAAUGUGUGCCAGUGUGAAGCUGGGCAUAGAAUGUGUGUACUUGUAAAGCACUUUAUAUAAAGGCCAUGGCUAUCAUCCACAUCCUAAUUAAGGAUGUGUACAUUGUCUUGACAGCAACAAAUACCAACCCUCUAUGAUCGACAUCCCACACAGCAUGAAUCAGUAAGAUCCUGCUCCCGCCCCCCUCCCCCCUCUGAAACUUAGUUUUAAAGAUACUACUCUGCGUCAUGGUAGUACACUGAAACUCCCCGCUGGCCCUGGUUCAGUAUGGCUCUGCAGGUUAGUUUGUAUUUAUGUGCAACUGGAGGUCAUCUCACAGCUGAACCUCCUUUUGAAAGUGUUUCAAUAGCGGUGAGAAAAUAUGAUGCAUAGAUUAUCAUUAUGAAAGAUUGAAAUCAGUGCCUGAAUAGGACUGGGCCUAUGCUACUAGUAAUGGAAACGAGUAUUUUGACAGAGUAGUCCCUUUUGGAUCCUGUGGUUUAAAACCGGCAAACCCCCUCAGAGUAAGGAACUUUGAAAAUGACGCAAUGCAAUCAAACUGAAGCUCAUUAAGGCGAGAGUGCUGCACUGAUACAGUGUUAGAUUGUGUAUGAAUAUAACAGGUGAAGGCUUCAGUCUAAUACUACAUAUAUUAUGAAUGGCAAAGGCUUUAAAAGCUACCAAAAGAUCCUGGCCAAGGCUAACUUUUUUUGUAGAAAUGUAAACAUGGCAUGUAAAAAUGUGUUGUAUGAAAGUUCAUAGUGGGGAAAAAAAAAUACAGUAAAAUUAACGAACGUUAACGUUCAGACCCUGAAAAGUAUUACGCUACGGGUGUUUGCUCGAGAGCAAAGAGAAGGAAAAAGCGAACAUGGUCAAAUUUUACUUUGUAUUCUGUGUAUUUGUUUAGUGUGUUUUAAUAAAUCUUCUGGCUAAGA